CCCAAAUAUCGUAUUGCACUCUUGCUAUACAUUCGUAAAUGUCAGUGUCAUAUUUAUUUUGAGAAUAAUUUUAUUUUAAAGCUACGAUACAAAGAUGAAUUCAUCGGUGGUGACAUUUGAAAAGCCUAUGCAACACAUUGGCUUGGCCGAUUGGCACGCCAAGCAAUGGGAACUUCAGCAAACCAAUGACACCCGUCGCAAUGACGCUUUCAGAGUACGUCACGAAUCGCGACAGCUUCGCAAUGAAACACGAAUUAAAACAGAAUGGGACACGUACCAUAAUAACGCCCGUCUGGCGGAUCGCGUCACUGAAUUGGAAAGAUGGCGAGAUUUGUUCCAAGGAUGCCUGGAUAGAUUGAAUAAAGAAAUGAAAUCUCUUCGCGAUGAAAAAUACGAAACCGAAAGGGAAUUGGACUCGUUGGGAAUACCGCUUGGUGUUAUCUCAGAAUGCAUUUCGAUGCGAGAUAAUAGAUUGGGCGUUGAAUUGACUUAUGACGAUGGCGAUACAGAACUGAAGAAGGAGCUUUGUGUAGUUGAAAAUGUGAAGAAGUUGCUGGUGGAACGCUGUCAAUCCGCAUGGGAAAAACUAAAUCGAUUGGAAGAAGUUAAGUUUAAACUCGAAUUGGAGAUAAACGAUAAAGGGGAAGCAAUAGAAAUUGAAAAAGAUCAACUGAACUUUGACAGAAAUUGUGCAAACAUCACCUUCAAGACAGAUCCAACAAGGAUCUCCAGAGGUUCAAUACCGUACGAAACAUGGGAAGAGCACACCCGUUACAUGAAGCUUCUUGCGGAUAGUGAAUUGGAAGACACCAAUAAACUUCGUGAAGCUUUGUUUGUCGUUAGGGAGCGUGCUCGGAAUGACAUGAAAGCCCAGCGAGAUUGGGUGGAUUUCACUUUACGAAAACGAAUUUAUCAAACGCAGAAAGCUCGAAAUGAACUGGAAUGGCAGCAGUUCAAAAUGAAGGAAGAAAUGGAAAAAAUCCUAAAGGAAAUAGACACACUCAUAGCCGCUCUCGAAGACAAGACAGAUGCGUUAAAGUUAUGUGAGACUAGACUUGAAAAUCGAACGUAUCGAUCGGGGGUUGAAAACGCUCGAGACGAAGCCGAAAUGGGCCUGAAGGACGAAGUCUAUCAGCUAAGACAAACCCGGAAGGAUUUACAGGACAAGAUUAAUUGCGCCAAAGCGACUUAUAAUACUUUAGAAGAUCAAUUGAUGUUCAUCCAAAGAGACUUGGCAAAUAAAAACCAGUCUCUAAUGACUGAUAUCAGAUGCUUAGAUUUAAGGGUCCGUUUGAGACCCAAGGAAUCUUCUGGAGACACCGCUACUGACAGAAAUAUCAAGCUGACGCGCAUGGAAGAUGAAAUUCCUCCGACAUAGAUGAAUAACUAUAGUAAUCUAUUUCGUUAUUUUGAAGUGUAAUGCAAAAUUUAUGGAUUAACUUUAUAUAUGUCUUUUACAUUAUCGAAUGUAUUAAAUGUGUGUAGGCGUUUUUGUAUAAUUGCACUUUUCUUAUACAUUUAUUAAAUCUUUGAAUCAAUAAAAUAUGGUACCUA